CAACGUUUCGGUAUGCUACGCCCCAAACUACGGGAUAAAAAACGCACGCUAGCUACCUACACCCUGCCAUGGCUGUUUCUGUCGGGAUUCAUAUGCUGAUAGAUGUUGCUCCGGCUCCACAAUAAGUAACCACCGAAGAGUUAGCGUUUAAACCUAUUUUCCCCACACCGAGGAGAUUUCUUCCACCGUGGCAGGAAUCCCACGAGACGAGGCCGUCGCUGGAAAUAAACGACUUGCCGGGAUGCUAUCGGUGUGUCUGGAACAAGGAGUAGCGAAUUAGAAACCACGAUUUUAAGACAGUUUUAUUGUCAUUUUAGUUCGUGGCUAUUUUGGAAUCGUAUUACGGUGUUAUAACAAAGACAGUCGCGGGAAGACCGUGAUUUCCUUCUCCCCUUGGCCAUGCGAGGAGCUCGUAUCUUCGUAGAAGAAUGUCUCGCUUUUUCCCGGCGUUAGCUAAGCCGCUGCUCCAUGGCCAGCAGUAACAACAUGCUCCUGGCCUCUGCCGUGGUGGUAUGGGAAUGGCUGAACGAACACGGCCGGUGGCGGCCCUACAGCCCCGCCGUCUCUCAUCAGAUAGAGGCGGUCAUCCGAAGUAGCGACCCCCGCGGAGGGAGCGUGGUCCUCGGCCAGGUGGACAGCCGACUCUCGCCGUACAUCAUAGAUCUCCAGUCCAUGCACCAGUUCAGACAGGACACAGGAACCAUCCGUCCAGUGCGGAGGAGUUUCUAUGACCCAGUCUCAGCCCCAGGUCAGGGCUGGCAGUGGGAGUGGGAAAACGAUGCAGGUACAUGGACGCCUUAUGACAUGGAGGUGGCCAUUGCCAUCGAGAGUGCCCACAACCGCCAGCAGCCCUGCCUCGACCUGACACCACUCGGCUUCUGCUACCUCAUUGAUUUUCAGAACAUGACACAGGUGAACAGACAAAGCCAGAGGUGUCGGAGGAUCCAGAGGCGUGCUGACAUGGCCUAUCCUUUAGUGUCUGGUCCCCUCCCCAUACCCAAAGGCGGAGGUGUAGGAGCAGGUGGAGGGCUAACAGGAGCCUUGCUGGGUGUUGGGGUGUCAGGGGCAAGCAUGGGGAUUGGAAGCUCUGUCUACCCUAAUGGAGGCUUAUCUGCUACUGGACUGGGCCAGCCUUGUUCCUGCCAGCAGUGCAUGCUAGUCCUUAGUGUAAAGACCAAUACAGGAGGAGCAGGGCGAGGAGCAGCAGGGAUACAAACUCUAGGAAGACGCUCACUAACCGUGCAGCGGCCCAAAAACUCAGCACCCAUCGCCUCCAAACCUCUAAGUCCGUCUAAAUCAGCAACUCUGGGACAAGGACAGCAGCAGAACUCCAACUCCAACUCCAACUACUAUCAGACGCUGCCGCAUGGCCUGGCUAUCUCCAAAAACACUGCCUCUCCGAGAAAGAACGCCGAGCUCUUUGCUCAGUCGCUGGCUGCCCUCACCGCUGGCAUGUCCUCUCUGGGUAUCUCCUCAUCUUCCAACAGACCUCCCCCCCCAUCUCUCCCACCUCCUCAGCCUCCAUCAUCCAAACCGAAUCUGAACCCUCCGUCCGUUCCAGCCAAGCACUCCUCAUCUUCAGCCAACGAGUCAGUGCCAACUGCCACAUUAAUUACCCCUGCCAACAGUGUGACCACACCCCCUUCUCCUGUGCCAUCUCCGUCACCGGUGGUGAUGAAGCCGCAGCGCUCACUGUCGUCCGCAGCAACAGUUUGCCAUGCCCCGUUGCCACAGAGAUCAAGCUUAGCCGGGCUAAGCAGACCAGCGUUACAGAGGAUUGCUAUGGCCCAGUCCAGAGCGCUCAUAGCAUCAGGUGUGCCCACCGUACCAGUGAAGAACCUCAGUGGAUCCAGUCCCGUUCACCCUGCACUAGCCGGGAUCACAGGAAUUCUGAUGAGUGCUGCUGCUCUGCCCGUGUGUCUGACUAGGCCUCCUAAACUCGUGCUGCAUCCUCCGCCUGUCAGCAAGAGCGACAUCAAACCAGUGCCAGGCUUUGGCCACUGUUGCAGGAAGACCACCAAGAAACAAGCUCGCAAGGGUAAAACCCCAGAGGAGGUGGUAAAGAAGUAUCUGCAGAAAGUAAAAAGUCCACCAGAGGAGGACUGUACCAUCUGUAUGGAGCCAUUGGGUGGUCCAUCGGGAUACAAAGGUCCAGGAGUGGGGCCUGUUUCCAGGGCAGAGUCAGUUGGGCGACUAGCACAGUGUGGACAUCAGUACCAUUUCCAGUGUCUGGUGGCCAUGUAUAACAAUGGCAACAAGGACGGCAGUCUUCAGUGUCCCACAUGUAAAACUAUCUAUGGCGUAAAGACAGGCAACCAACCGGCAGGGAAGAUGGAGUACCACGUCAUCCCUCAUUCUCUACCAGGGCACCCUGAUUGCAAAACCAUACGCAUCAUUUACAACAUACCACCAGGCAUUCAGGGACCAGAGCAUCCCAACCCAGGGAAGACAUUCACUGCCAGAGGAUUUCCCCGACACUGCUACCUCCCAGAUAGCGAGAAAGGACGCAAGGUACUGAGACUGCUCCUGGUAGCGUGGGACCGCAGGUUGAUCUUCUCAGUUGGUACUUCGAGCACUACAGGAGAGUCUGACACCGUCAUCUGGAACGAGGUCCACCAUAAGACAGAGUUUGGCUCCAACCUGACGGGCCACGGCUUCCCCGAUCCCGGACACCUCGACAACGUCCUGGAAGAGCUCCGAGCUCAGGGCAUCACAGAGGAUGAAGCACUGAUGGAAAAGUGAAAGGACAAUUGACAAACAGAGAGGGAGGACACAUCAGUCGGAAAGCAGUUAUGGGAUGAAAGGUGAAGGAGGAGUAGAGGAAGAGAGGUUGGCCUAACCAUGAAAAUAACAGAAAUAGUAAAAGGAAAAGAGGAGGUCCUGGACUGAGAAAGACUCUCUCUGGCAGCACUUAAAGGGGUACAAGGAGACAUUUCGGAUUAUAGAAGACAUUGAUUUUGUUUUGCAGAGGUAAUCACUUUUCAAGAUGAUUGAGUCACUGCUGUCUGUCCAGACUUCACAGUUUCCAAGCAAGCACAUCAACAGAAGUGGGAGUUUAAGGGAACCAGCAUCACAGAAAGGAAAAGCAAUGCAGAGGGGGAGGAGGAUAAGAAAUCAGAGGGAAAAAUCAUGGCACUCACGGUUUCAGCUACUAAACAGCUAGGUACUAAAUGUCUAAAAGUAAGAAUGAAUUGGUACUAAUAUUUAGGACAAAAACAAGUUAACUUUACUGAGAGAAAGAGUUACAUAAAAAGAUGGUAAAAUGUUAGAGCAGUUCAAUGAAAAAUGGUUGUGAAAGGAAAAAAGAGAGGAAGAAGUUGGAGCACUGGGGGAGGUUACUGGAGGGAGGAGAACAGGAAUAAUGUAGCAGAAAGAGAGAAAGAUGGUGUAUGAAUGUAGCAUAGGAUAGGAGUAGAGUAAAAUUAACUUCUAUGGUACUGUUCAGGUACUUGAGCUAUCAAUAAAAACAAGGAAACCAAGAGUGAUGAAAGAAGGGUAGACAAACUAUGUGCUUGUUUUGUUCAAACCCCCUGCCUGUUUGUGGUUGAAGUUUAGUGCUGUUGCUCCCUCUUGUGAUUUUUCUGAUGAACUACAGCUCCACCUGCAAGCUACUGGAACAAAUCAAAAUCUUACUUUGAGUUAUCCACGUGUGUUGCUUUUUAUCAUAACUAUAAUCCUCAUUUAACGUCAUUCCAUACUUUACCUCUUAAUUGUGACUUGAUCGGUAUAUAUGACAUAAGGCUCUGUUUGUUUCUGAUUGUGAGUGAAAUGUCAGAAGACCAAACUAAGGCCUCAUCAUAUGGGCCUAUAACUAUUGAGCCACUGUGGUACAAGUUAACCUUAGAUACACAGGUACCAGUAUUUACAUAUAUAUCUUUAUUUUAUUUUUGUACUUUUUGAUGGUUCACAUGGUUUCAUUGGAUGUAGAUGCUGUUGUAUCCUAUCACCAGUGGGACAACAUUGAGUAAAAGUGAGGAUGUGAUUAAAGAUCUGAUGGAGGCUGGCAUUUUGGGGAUUGCCUAGAAUUAAGAGCUGAGGAUUUGUUUCAAGGCCUCAGUGUUUAGUUCUAGUGAAUGAGCUUCACUGUCUGUGCUAAAACCCAAGACAAAUGAACCAAUACCCUGGGGCAGGUCUUCCAGCCAGGAAGCCCCUCAGAUUGAGCAGUGUUGGAAGGAUGGGGAGGGUGGAGAGGACAAGAGAGAGAGAGCUGAAGCAGAGGUCAUGACCUGGUUUGCACAAGAACAGUGCUACCGAGGAGGAAAAAACCCCUAAAAUUUCAAAUCAGUUUAACUUGGACCUGGGUGGAAGACUGUCAGAGCUUUUUAGUGGUUAUCAGCAAAUCACAAUGAUUUUCACACAAAUUCCAGGACACUUGGAUUGAUAAAACUUUAAUCUGUGGUUAUCACUGACUUGUAAGAAUUGUAACACCAUUCACCAUCAAGUUGUAACAAACACAAAUUAAGACCUACUGAUAGACAAGGACCUUGGCAAUAGUCAAAUUAUGGCAAAACCUGUGAUUAAACAGACAAUUUUAAAGGUCCCAUAUUUAUAUUAAUUCAAGUCCCCCUCUUCUCCCCAUUAAAGACGUUUAAUGGAGACUCAGUUUUCUCUUAGUUACUUCAGAUGAUACAUUUCAAGUCUUUAAAAUGUAUACAGUUGUGAAGUGGGAGGAGUUAUUUCAGCUGGUCCUGGUUCCUGAAUUUAUUUUUUCCAUAGAGAGUGCUGCAUGACUCACUCUUCUAAAGCUUAGACUGGCAUAAAAUUCUCCUGGUUAAGUCAUCAGUACAAAGGAUUAAGAAUUGUGCCAGAAGAUAUUUGGUUCAUUGACAAAAAGUCAAAGGUACAAGCUCAUGUACAUAAAAAUGAUAAACUCCCAAGGUACAUUUACAUUUACACCUAAUCACUCAUCUUAAAAUUCUAUCUGGUGAGCCGCUAACAGCAGGUGAGAACUAAAAAUAACUAUGUUGAGAGAACUGAAAACACAAUCUACAUCUUAAAUCAGUUAACUUUUAAAAUCAGGUUAAAUUGUGGGUGGAUUCUGAAACUAUGACACAGUGUUUUGUUCUCAAUUGUAUUAACAAAAGCUUUUUGACUUCUCAGAAACAAGUUGAAAUAAUUUAAACUGGUCGCCAAAACUUAUAUCAUCAUUGCAUUAUCUGGGAUAGUUUGUGUUAGGUAACACUGACAAUAUCAUUAAAAGAAAUAAAUGAAAUGGGAGUACAGAAUGGGAAAAAAUCCUCCAGAACCAGGAGCCCCUCCCACUUCACAACUCAUCAACAAUUUUUUCUUUCUGACUAACUACUAGAAACACAUCACACCUGAAUUUGCCCCUGAUUGGCUGCCAUCACUGAAGAUAAUCCGUCCAAUCAGGCCAGUGGGCAUUAUCUUCAUCUGAAUUGUGGAAGGCCUCCACUCUGGAUUUAGCUCAUUUGAAUCAGAGGAGCUUCUGAUGUCAGCCAGUCAUGCAUUAGUAUUGUGAGGCUGCUCGUCCAAUUAGGAUAUUUAAUUCUUCUAGAUUAUUUUUCCUGUUGGUAAGCAUUGUCAUGAAGAGCCUUAUUUUUAGCUUGAGCCAGAGAAAUGGAGUGUAUGUAAAACCAAAAUAAAGAUUUAUAAUAUGGGGCCUUUAAUCUAUGACUAAUCAAUAAGGUGCCUAUCACUCUUAUCUCAACAACACUGAAAACAACUCUCUUCCUCUUAUCUCCACAUCCACUGACUGAUAACAUGCUGCCCAGUCUCUAAGUUGGGUCUGUAAAUGACCCUUUAUCACAAUGUUACAAGAUGUGUGUGAGUGUAUGCAUUUUUGUUACCUGUUUGGGACCUUUUCCGGUAUAAACACCAACCUUUUCAGGACCAGUAGUCUUCAUGGGGACUAAAGCCCAGUCUCAAUGAGGCAAAAUGUAAUUUCAGAGGUCGUGGUUAAGGUUCGGUGUGUGUGUGUGUGUGUGUGUGUGUGUGUGUGUGUGUGUGUGUGUGUGUGUGUGGGAUAGAGGAUCUGUGUACUGUGUAUACUACCUACAUGCUCCCAGUUUGAGGUUUUAUUUGGGUACUCCAUGGGAAUCACAUCAUCCUUUAAUUCUGAUGAUGAUACUCCCUGUUCCGUAACUUCCUUAUUGCUUUUAAGUAUGAAAUGUAGUUACACCUUUAGCAUUUUCUUGACACUAUUAUAGAGUAAUUUUCUUUUUUCAUUUUGUACAGUUAUGUUAUAGUAAUUAUACCAUUUCAAUUUGUUACACUUGGUUUACAAAAACAGUAUUGUCAAAUAUAAUGUCUUUUUUUAAUUUUCAUUGAGUAAAGAAGUUGAGCUGAUUUUAAGCUGAACUCAUUUUUUUUUGGAAAAGGAUUUUGAUGGUAGACUUUUAUUUCAGUGUGAAAUGUAAUAAAUAUAAAUAGCAAGUCAAACCCUUCUACACUUGCUCUUCUGGGUGGUAAAGAAUACUUUAAUUUUUUACAUAUCAUCUGUCUGACUACUGGUCCGGUGACAUAAUGAAAAUGAAAAUGAUCAUUUUAAAAGCUGUAAAAUGUUAUGAAAAUAAUUUCCUCUUGUGUCAUAGCAGGUUUCCCGCUCUGUUGGCCCAAACACUGCCCAGUGACUUGGGAAAACACAGAUUUUGUAUAAUCACUAAGUCACAUAUAUAAAUUUUAAUUUCACUUUGUAUUCUUAAAAUAAAGGGUUUGAUUUCUGAACAAUGAAUAAGAAGUUGAAUUAAAUGUCAUUACUAGAUGUAUUACAAUUCCUAAGUGUCUUUGGAGGAGAAUAAUGUUGGUUGAUUUAAAGGCUUUGAUCCAUGGUGUGCAGUGUCUGAAGCCAUGUGAUCAAUGUAGCAAACAGUAAUGACCAGUAACUCACCAUUUCAUUUUUUUCUCUUCUUUAAAUGUGGAUUUCUUUCCGAUCACUAUUUUCCAUCCCAGCUGACGGCAAUAUCUCCUCCAAACAUCUGUGGAUAAGGGCCUUCUGAGACAUUAUCUUCUUAUCUAUGAGGGGAGGGUGGGAAAGAGAUGAUCAUAGGUGCUGGUAUGGGA